AUGUUCUAUCAACCUGGAAAAGAAGACCACGGUUUACCGUACGAUCCAUUCAAAGCAUGCGUCCUCCCCCGCCCCAUAGGUUGGAUAUCCACCCUCUCCCCAACCGGCGCUGCAAACCUAGCCCCCUACUCGCAAUUCAACAACCUAACCUUCGACCCCCCUUACGUCAUGUUCAGCGCAAACCAAACACCCAGCAACAGCCAGAAAGAUACCGUCCGCAACGUCGAAGCUACAGGGAAGUUUGUGUGGAAUCUAGCGACGUAUGAAUUGAGGGAGGAAGUGAAUAGAAGUGCAGUGCAGGAAGAGUAUGGGGUUGAUGAGUUUGAGAUGGCGGGCGUGGAGAAGGAGGAUAGUAGGGUGAGUGGGGUUGUUGUUGGGGGAAGUGGUGGGGAUGGGAAGGAAGGGAGGAGGGAGAUGAUGGUGCCGAUGGUUAAGAGGAGUCCGGUGAAGUUUGAGUGCGAGUACUACACCACCCUACGCCUUCCUGGGAAUCCGCCUAUGGGCUCGGCGGAUGUGGUGAUUGGGAAGGUGGUUGGUGUGCACAUCGAUGAGCGCGUUUUGACGGACGGCAAGAUCGAUGUAAGGAAGACGGAGCCGAUUGCUAGGUGUGGGUAUUAUGAGUAUGCGGUUGUGAGGGAGACGUUUGAUAUGCGGAUACCGGGGGAGGACAAGGCGAUUUUGGCGGGGUUGGAGGGGAGUGCGAAGAAGAAUGAGAGGUUGGAUAGGGUGGGGGAUGUAGAUGGGGAAGACAUGCGAUGA